CUUCCACAUUAAAGGAUGGCAUUGUCAAAAGAAUAAACAGAGACGACCAAGACAAACUAAACAGAGCAAAAGGGUCAACAAGAACAGCUGCUUUCCUCUUCUCUAUGAAACAAUAACAGAUGUCUUCAAAAUCAACAAACACAACCCCAAACCCCGAAACCCAAAAUCCAAAUACUCUGAGACAGGGCAAAAAACCUCUUAGCUAACAAUAAUGAAAGCUGUAAUAACAAGAAGACACCAUUUUUACUCCGAUCUGCUCUUCUUCACUUUCCUUUCUUUUCUUCUCUUAAGAUUUGCUCUCUCUGCAGACACCUUGUUAGCUUCCCAAUCUCUCUCUGGCAACCAAAAGCUUCUCUCUUCAAGCCAGAUUUUUGAGCUUGGAUUCUUCACUCCAGGAAAUUCUAACAACUGGUACGUGGGAAUAUGGUACAGAGACAUUCCUAAUAGAACAUAUGUCUGGGUGGCUAACAGAGACAACCCACUUACCAACUCCUCAGGGAUAUUCAAGAUCUCAAAUCAAACCAUUGUUCUUCUUGAUCAAGCUGCUAAUCUCAUGUGGUCUUCAAAUCAAACCAACGCUAUCAAUCCAGUUAUGCAGCUGUUAGAUACUGGGAAUCUUGUUUUAAGAGAAGCAAAUGUGAAUGAUCAGUAUCUAUGGCAGAGCUUUGAUUAUCCAACAGAUACUUUACUGCCAGAUAUGAAGCUGGGUUGGGAUCUAAACAAAGGUUUAGACAGGUAUAUAAGUUCAUGGAAGAGUCCAGAUGAUCCUUCACCAGGUGAUUUUUCUUUUAAAAUGGAAUAUCAUGGAUUCCCAGAAAUUUUCUUGUGGGAUGAUCAGAACAAGAAAUACAGAAGCGGGCCAUGGAAUGGGGAAAGAUUCAGUGGAGUACCAGAGAUGAAUCCUACUGAUUCAAUGAGCUUUGAUUUUGUUACUAACAAAGAUGAAGUAUUUUACUCAUUUCAUAUAUCUACAAAAUCGCUGUAUUCAAGAUUGACUGUUACUUCAUCUGGGCAGCUUCAGAGAUACACAUGGAUUCCUGACAGGGAAAUAUGGAAUUCUUUCUGGUACGCACCCAAAGAUCAGUGUGAUUAUUUCAUGGAGUGUGGUCCAUAUGGUGUCUGCGACUCAAAUGCCUCCCCAGUCUGCAAGUGCAUGAGAGGGUUCGAGCCACAGAACCCACAGGCAUGGAGUCUGAGAGAUGGGUCUGGUGGGUGUGUCAGGAAAACAGAUCUGCAAUGCAUGAAUGAUAAAUUCUUGCACUUGAAGAACAUGAAAUUGCCAGAUAGCUCAACAUCAUUUGUGAAUAUUGCCAUGAGUCUUAAAGAUUGUGAACUGUUAUGCUUGACGAACUGUUCUUGCACGGCUUAUGCAAAUUCAAAUAUUAGCAAUGGAGGCACAGGUUGUGUGAUUUGGAUUAAUGAGUUAUUGGAUAUGAGACAAUAUGCAGAAGGUGGUCAAGAUGUCUACGUCAGAUUGGCUGCUUCUGAUAUAGGUAAUGGCAGGAGUAUACGUAGUCUUAUUAUUGGGAUUUCAGUUGGUGUUGCAGCUCUGCUGCUAGGACUAGUUGGCUGUUUUAUCUGCAAGAGAAAGAGGUUGCUCACUGUAUGUAAAGAGGAAAAAGCUAUUCAAGAAAGAAGCCAAAACUUGCUGUUAAAUGAGGUGGUUAUCUCAAGCAAGAAAGAUUACUCGGGUGAAAAAGACAAAGAUGAGCUUGAACUACCAUUGUUCGAUUUUGGUACCAUUGCAACGGCUACAGAAAACUUCUCCGAUGAAAAUAUGCUCGGAAAAGGAGGUUUUGGUUGUGUUCAUAAGGGUAGGCUUGUAGAAGGCCAAGAGGUAGCUGUGAAGAGGCUGUCAAAGACUUCUGGACAAGGAAUAGAAGAAUUCAAGAAUGAGGUCAGAUUAAUUGCCAGGCUUCAACAUAGAAAUCUUGUUAGACUUCUUGGUUGCUGCAUUGAAACGGAUGAGAAGAUGCUCAUUUAUGAGUACAUGGAACACAGAAGCCUGGAUUCUGUUUUAUUCAAUAAAUCAAAAAGCUCCUUACUAAAUUGGCCAAGGCGUUUCAACAUUGUUUGUGGGAUUGCUAGAGGACUUCUAUACUUGCACCAGGAUUCAAGAUUUAGAAUUAUUCAUAGGGAUCUCAAAGCUAGCAACAUUCUACUUGAUGGAGAAUGGAAUCCGAAGAUAUCAGAUUUUGGAAUGGCGAGAAUAUUCGGCGGAGAUCAGACAGAAGCAAGUACCAGGAGAGUAGUGGGAACAUAUGGUUACAUGUCUCCUGAGUAUGCAAUGGAUGGGCUCUUCUCAGUGAAAUCAGAUGUUUUUAGCUUUGGUGUUCUAGUGUUGGAGAUUGUAAGUGGCAAUAAGAACAGGGGAUUUUAUCAUUCAAACAGUGAACUCAACCUUCUUGGACAUGCAUGGAGACUAUGGAAAGAAGGAAAAGGGAUGGACUUGUUAGAUACAUCAACUGGCAGUUCAUUUUCCUCGAGUGAAGUUCUGAGAUGCAUACAGGUAGGGCUUUUAUGCGUACAAGAACGUGCAGAAGAUAGACCAACAAUGUCAUCUGUGGUCUUGAUGUUGAGCAGUGAAACUGCAACAAUGCCACAGCCUAAAACCCCUGGGUUUUGCCUGGGAAGGAAUCCUUUAGAAACCGAUUCAUCUUCAGACAAACAAGAUGAAUCAUUCACAGUAAACCAAGUCACGGUUACAGUGCUAGAUGCAAGAAUCUCGCUUGAGACCAUAGUUCUCGCUUAUGGAAGGUAUAAUGCUCCGCAGAGUCUACUGAAAUUGAUCAUGGCUGAAGAGCAGCUUCUCUUCAUUUUGCUUUUGAUUCUGCGUUUCAUAUUUGCUACGCCCAUAGACACCAUAACCAUAAAUCAAACACUUGCAGAUGGCAACUUUCUCAUCUCCAAAAACAACAGCUUCACCUUGGGAUUUUUCACCCCCGGCAGUUCUAGCUAUAGAUAUCUUGGAAUUUGGUUCUACAAAGUGCCCAGGCAAACGGUUGUGUGGGUCGCAAAUAGGAAUAAUCCCAUCAAUGGCUCCUCGGGAGUUGUCUCUAUCAACCAAUAUGGAAACCUCGUUCUCUAUAGCAAUCUUGAAGAAAAAAUCCCAGUAUGGUCUACCAAUAUUUCGGCGGAAGACGCCAGUGCUUCUGAGGCUCAGCUGUUGGAUUCAGGAAACUUAGUUUUGGUAAAAACUACAAGUAAAAGAAUUGUGUGGCAGAGCUUUGAUUAUCCAACGAAUACUAUGCUACGAGGAAUGAAAUUUGGGUUGGAUCAAAGAAGAGGGCUUGACUGGUCAUUAACAUCAUGGAGAUCAGCUGAUGACCCUGGAAAUAGUGAGUACUCAGUCAAGCUCGACCCAAGAGGCUCACCACAGUACUUUUUGUACAAGGGAGAGUCUCGUUACUGGCGCAGCGUUCCAUGGCCAUGGAGAACAAUAGCAAAUGUUUACAACUACAGUUUUGUAAACACAAAACAUGAAAUAUACUUCAGCUACAAUUACAGUGAUCCAUCUGUUAUUAUAAGAAUGAUGCUGGAUGAAGGAGGAUUCGUAAAGUGGUUUACUUGGCAUGAAAUUGAAGCUCGAUGGAAGGAGUUCUGGUCAGCACCCAAGUACAGAUGUGAAUGGUAUGGAGUCUGUGGAGCUAACAGCAAAUGUGAACCCAACAAUGUCAAUACAUUUGAAUGUUCUUGUUUACCUGGUUACGAGCCCAAGUUCCCAAGGGACUGGCAUUUAAGAGAUGGGUCAGGUGGGUGUGUUAGGAGACGGCUCCAAUCUUCGCCGGAUUGUGAGAACGGAGAUGGGUUUUUGAAAGUGGAACAUGUAAAAGUUCCUGAUACAACAGCAGCUACUUGGGUGGCUAUGGGCAUGACACAUCUAGAUUGUGAACACGAAUGCAAGAAGAAUUGUUCUUGCUCUGCAUUUUCAAGCAUACCCAUUGCUGGGAAAGGGACUGGUUGUUUGGCUUGGUAUGGAGAUUUAAUGGACAUCAUAGAUCUCUCCGAUUACAGUGGAUAUGAUCUGUACAUUCGUGUUGAUGCAUUUGAAUUAGCUGUGGAUGGAAGCAAAUCUUAUCGUUUCCUUCAAAAGAAGGGAAUGCUGGUUGUUGGGAUUCCAUCUUUAAUUUCUGUUUGGCUCGUGAUCAUCAUCUUCAUCUAUUUCUGGUUCUGGAAGAGGAGAAAAGCAGUGAUAAGCAAGAACAGAUUGAACAAGAAGAUAUUUGAUUCAAGCAUUGGAUUAAAUAACUAUGAAGAUUCUUUGGAAGAAAAUGGGCUCAGGGGAAGUGGGAACCAACCAAACUUGAUAUUUUUUGAUUUCAGCACAAUCCUUGCAGCCACUAACAAUUUCUCUGCAACCAACAUACUUGGGCAAGGAGGUUUUGGCUCUGUUUAUAAGGGCAAGCUAUCUAAUGGACAGGAGAUAGCAGUAAAAAGAAUGUCAAAAAAUUCAAAACAAGGUAUUAGAGAAUUCAAAAAUGAAGCUAUAUUGAUUGCAAAGCUGCAGCACAGGAAUCUUGUGAAACUUAUAGGUUGCUGCAUUCAGAAAAAAGAACAGGUGUUAAUCUAUGAAUACUUGCCAAAUAAAAGUUUGGAUUCAUUUCUUUUUGAUCAAGAAAGAAGAUUUCUUUUGGACUGGGAAAUGCGCUUCAAUAUCAUUAUUGGGAUUGCUCGUGGUAUCUUAUAUCUUCAUCAAGACUCGAGACUAAGAAUUAUCCAUAGAGAUUUAAAAAGUAGCAAUAUUUUAUUGGAUGGCGAGAUGAACCCAAAAAUUUCAGAUUUUGGCAUGGCUAGAUUAUUCAGAAGUGAUCAAAUUCAAGACGUAACGAAUAGAGUUGUUGGCACAUAUGGUUACAUGUCACCAGAAUAUGCAGUAUUUGGAAAAUUUUCAGUAAAAUCCGACGUAUUCAGUUUUGGAGUCAUAUUAUUAGAGAUUAUAAGUGGAAAGAGAAGCAAUGGCUUUAACCAAGAGGAUACAUCCUUGAGCUUGAUAGGACAUGUGUGGGACUUAUGGAGAGAAGGCAAAGCACUCGAGAUAGUUGAUUCAUCAAUGGAGUCGUCAUAUAAUCAUCACGAAGCCAUGAGAUGCAUUCAAAUCGGACUGUUAUGUGUGCAAGAAAAUGCAGCAAACAGACCAACAAUGUCAGCUGUUUAUCUAAUGUUGAGCAGCGAAACAGCUCUUCCUUCUCCUGAACAACCUGCUUUUGUUUUCAGGACAUAUUACAACACUAGCAACUCAAGAGUACGAGAAGAAGGAUCCUGUUCUGUGAAAGAAUUGUCAAUUACAACUGUUGCAACACGAUAGCUGCUGAAUUUUUGGAUGAUAUUCUAACUGAGAUAUGUUGUACAUAAUUAUUAACAAGAAGUUUAGUUGUUCUUGAUUUUUAGGAUGUGAUAAUUCUUGAUUUUGAUUUGUUCUUAAAAUUGGACCAACUUGAAUACAACAUUACGGUUCAA